CUCUCCCGGCAUGCCCGCGCGCCGGAAGCGGCUGACGACAAUAACAAACAUCGGCGGCGGCGGCGGCGGCUGCGCCAGGGCUCCCCGUCCCCGCGCUCCCCAGCCCGCCCCGCCGGACCCGCGACACCCUCCCCGCCCGCUCGCCAGACCGCUGCCCGCCGCCUCUCCCCGCCCGGGCGCGGUGAUCGCUGAGGCGGUGCGUGUCUCCGCCAAGCCACCGGGGCCCGGCCGCGCGGGGCGGGGGGCGCCGGCCGCCGGCGCUGUCGCCGCCGCAGGAUGCGCGGUGCUGUCGCGGGACCCACGGAUCUUCUCUGGCUUUGAACAGCCAUGCUACUCUGUUGCCAAAAAACAAGUAAAGCGAAUGCUCGCAUUUAUUCUUUUGAAUUUGAAGAAGGUGGUAGCUUCGUAUAGUGCCUGGAGUUUCUAAAUGAUUUUAGCAGUGGAAGUUAAAAACUUCAGAGACCUAAAAAAAUCAUCAUGAAGCUAUAUGUAUUUCUGGUCAACACUGGAACUACCCUUACCUUUGAUACGGAACUUGCUGUACAAAAUGUGGCUGAUCUGAAACAUGCAAUUCAAACAAAGUACAAGAUUGCCAUUCAGCACCAAGUACUGGUAGUCAAUGGAGGAGAGUGUAUGGCACCAGACAGAAGAGUGUGUAGUUACAGUGCUGGAACAGAUACCAACCCAAUUUUUUUAUUCAACAAAGAAAUGAUCUUGUGUGAACGUCCACCAGCUAUCCCCAAAACCACGUUUUCAGCAGAGAAUGAGAUGGAAUUGAAAGUAGAAGAAUCUCUCAUGAUGCCUGCCGUGUUUCAUACAGUAGCAUCACGGACACAACUUGCUGUGGAAAUGUAUGAGGUUGCCAAGAAGCUUUGCUCCUUUUGUGAAGGCCUUGUACAUGAUGAACAUCUUCAGCAUCAAGGCUGGGCUGCCAUAAUGGCCAACUUGGAAGAUUGUACAUAUUCUUACCAAAAGCUACUUUUCAAGUUUGAAAAUGUAUAUUCAAGCUAUUUGCAGUCCAUAGAUGAUAUCAAGUUGAAACUUACACACUUGGGUUCUGCUGUUUCUAUCAUGGCCAAGAUACCACUGCUGGAGUGCCUAACGAGACAUAGUUACAGAGAGUGUUUAGGAAGACUGGAUUCUUCAGCUGAGCAUGGAGGGGCAGAAAGUGAAGAAACUGAGGAUGGGAAAUCUGCUGAAUUGGUGCUUUAUUCUGAUGUAUCUAAAGCGAACAAUAAAUCAAUGUUAGCCUCAUUUUGCAAGUCAGUUGAACAUUCAGCUUUGGAAAGUGCAGAUCCUGAAAACGUAAAAGAUAAGGAAUCUGGUCAAAACACUACUGUCCAGGACAGUGAGACAUCAGUAGAAUUGAAAGAUGAUGAUCAGCCUUCCUUCAAUGUGUCUUUGUUAGACUGGAUAAAUGUUCAAGAUAGACCUAAUGAUGUUGAAUCGCUGGUCAGAAAAUGUUUUGAUUCUAUGAGCAGGCUUGAUCCAAGGAUCAUCCAGCCCUUUCUGGCAGAAUGUCGACAAACUAUCGCCAAACUAGAUAAUCAGAACAUGAAGGCUAUCAAAGGCCUUGAGGAUAGGCUCUAUGCAUUGGACCAGAUGAUAGCAAGCUGCAGCAGACUGGUGAAUGAACAAAAAGAACUUGCUCAGGGAUUUUUGGCUAAUCAGAAGAGAGCUGAGAACUUGAAAGAUCCUUCUGUGCUGCCUGAUCUGUGUUUGAGUCAUGCAAAUCAGCUGAUGAUUAUGUUAACUAAUCACAGAAAACUGUUAGAUAUCAAACAGAAAUGUACAACUGCCAAACAGGAGCUUGCAAAUAAUCUGCAAGUCAGACUGAAGUGGUGUUGUUUUGUAAUGCUUCAUGCUGACCAAGAUGGAGAGAAGCUACAAGCAUUGCUUCGUCUUGUAACAGAGCUCCUAGAAAGGGUCAAGGUUGUCGAGGCUCUCAGUACUGUUCCUCAGAUGUACUGCCUAGCUGUUGUUGAGGUUGUGAGGAGAAAAAUGUUCAUAAAACACUACAGGGAGUGGGCAGGUGCUUUAAUAAAAGAUGGGAAACACCUGUAUGAAGCUGAAAAGGCAAAAAGGGAAUCUUUCGGUAAACUGUUCAGGAAGUCUUUUCUAAGAAAUCGUUUGUUUAGAGGACUUGAAUCCUGGCCUCCAUCCUUUUGUACACGAAAACCUCGCAGAUUUGACAGUGAGCUUCCAGAUAUCUCAUUAAGUGACUUGCAGUUUUUGCAGUCAUUUUGUCCUUCAGAAGUACAGCCGUUACUCAGGGUUCCCAUACUUUGUGACUUUGAACCUCUUCACCAGCAUGUACGUGCUCUACAUAACCUGGUAAAAGCAGCACAGAGUUUGGAUGAAAUGUCACAAACCAUUACAGACCUGCUGAAUGAACAAAAGGCCUCCAACAGUCAAGCAUCGCCACAAUCUGCUACUACACCAAGGAUGGAAAGUACAACAGGAACCGCAAUUGCUACCUCUUCAAGAACUCCUCCAUCACUCAGUCUUCAGGGUCCCCUGUGUCCGCCUGUGUGUCUCCCAGCUCCAUUAGAAGAACUGUCUCCAGACAGCAUUGAUGCUCAAACAUUUGAUUUUGAAACUAUUGCCCAUCCGAACCUGGAGCAAGCCCUUAAGCAAGGAUCAUUAGACUUGGAUUCAUUAGCAGAAAGUCCAGAAUCUGACUUUAUGUCAGCAGUCAAUGAAUUCGUAAUAGAAGAAAAUCCCGUAUCUCCUAAUGUAAUAAGUGAUCCACAGAGUCCAGAAAUGAUGGUGGAAUCUCUUUAUUCUUCAGUAAUCAAUGCAAUAGACAGUAGACGUAUGCAAGAUACAAGUUCUUGUGUAAAGGAUGUUUCAGUAGAAAAGGCAUCUGUCGGUGUUUGCGUGGAGAAGUGUAGGGUUAUUGCUCAAGACUCAAAGGUACAUUUAAAAGGUAUAAAAGAAGAUCUUUGCCACUUUAGAACACUUGUACAAAGAGAACAGUGUGACUUUUCUAAUUCAUUAAAAUGCACUUCAUUAGAAAUAGUAAAUACUAUUGAGAAGGUAAAACUUUCACUUGAAAAAACACUAAAAGAUAAACAUCAAAAAGAAUUACAGUCUUUGAAAAGUGAAUAUGAAACUAAAAUUAAUAAAUUAUUGGAGGAUGGUGAAGAAAAUAAAAAGAAGAUUAAAAAGCUAAAAGGUGAUUUAUUAGGCCUUGAGGAAGUUCUUCAGAAUAAGAAUGAUGAAUUUGCAAUAGUGAAAAAUGAGAAAGAAGCUGUAGUUUGCCUUCAGAAUGAAAAAGACCAGAAAUUACUUGAAUUGGAAUGCCAAAUGGAGACACAAAAUUGUGAAAUUAAGGAACUGAGACAGUCACGUGAGACAGUACUUGAAGACUUGAAAAAGCUUCAUGUUGAAAACAAGGAAAAACUACAACUCCUGAGGGCAGAACUUGAGAGUUUAGAGCAAAGCCAUUUAAAAGAACUGGAAAACAACUUACAAGCCAGGCAUUUACAAGAGUUCGAGAAGGUGCUAGCUGAGCACAAGGACUGUUUAGAUAAAUUACAAAAAGAGAACCAGCAUAGACUUGAACAAAUGCAGGAAUCUCAUGCAGUAGUUGUGCAAGAGAAACAACAACAAGUAGAAGAGUUACAACUCAAGGUUUCAGAUCUGUCUGAUUUAAGGUGCAAAUUAGAAGUUGAACUUGCCCUGAAAGAGGCAGAAACUGAUGAAAUGAAGCUUCUUUUGGAAGAAAGCAGAAACCAGCAACAAGAGGCCUUAAAAUCUCAGAUUGAUAAGGAAACUGAAAACUUAAAGAAGGAGAUAGAUAAAUUAAACAAUAAAAUACAAACUAACACUGAUGAAUAUCAAGUGGGCUUAUCGGAACUAAGGACUCUCAUGACAAUUGAGAAAGACCAGUGCAUUUCUGAGCUAAUAGAAAGAUAUGAAGAAGAAUCAAAUUUGCUUAGAACUGAACUAAAUAAAGUAACAUUUCUUCAUCAAAAAACUUCUGAGGCAGAAAAAAGACUUUCAGAGCAAAUAGCGGAACUACAAAGUAAGUUAGAGUUGGAAGCGAAUGCCCUAGAAAAGGAAAAAACAGAAAAAUUGUCUCUCUGUGAGCAGCAGGAAAAAUAUGAAGCUGUUAUCCGUAAGCUUAAGGAAGAGAAAGAACUGUUAGUAUCUAACCAAGAACAAGACAGGCAGUUGCUCAUUCAGAAGCUCAAUUGUGAAAAAGAGGAUGCAGUGCAAACUGCUUGUAAAGAGUUUGAAUUACAGAGGGAAGCUGCUGAAAAAGGGCUUUUGGAAAAAAUACAACAACUUGAGAUGCAAGUAAAUCGGAGUCCUCCCACUGAAUCAUCUGCUGAAUCAAGCUUGGUUGCUGAACUUCAGGAGAAACUUCAGGAAGAAAAAAUGAAGUUCUUAGAGCAACUUGAAGAACAAGAGAAAAGAAAGAAUGAAGAAAUGCAGAAUAUCAGAACAUCGCUCACAGCAGAACAGCAGACCAACUUUAACACUGUUCUGGCAAGAGAGAAAAUGAAAAAAGAAAACAUAAUUAAUGACCUUAGUGACAAGUUAAAAAUGCUUACACAACAGCAAGAAAAAGAUAAGGAUUUGAUUGAAACACUUUCUGAAGAUCGAGCUCGCUUACUUGAAGAGAAGAAGAAGCUUGAAGAAGAAGUUAAUAAACUGAGAAUAAGUAAUUUUUCUCCAUCAACCUACUCAGCGGCAGCUUCAGAAGCUUGUGGAGCCUGCGCAGCUGACGUUCUCACUGACACAGACAGAUUGGUUUCUGACAUUGCAGCUGAAGGGAGAAUGGACUCCACGAUGGAAACCAGUAUGAUGGCUGUGCAUGAAAAUGUCCAUAUGUCUGAAGAAAAACAGAGGAUAAUGUUGUUAGAAAGAACUUUGCAGUUGAAAGAAGAGGAAAAUAAGAGAUUAAAUCAAAGAUUGAUGUCCCAGAGCAUGUCAUCAGUAUCCUCAAGACAUUCUGAAAAAAUAGCUAUUAGAGAUUUUCAGGUUGGCGAUUUGGUUCUUAUUAUCUUGGACGAAAGGCAUGACAACUAUGUAUUGUUUACUGUCAGUCCAACCUUGUAUUUCUUGCAUUCAGAAUCUCUUGCUGCACUGGAUCUCAAACCAGGUGAGUGUGCUUCAGGUGCAUCUAGGAGACCUUGGGUUCUAGGAAAAGUGAUGGAAAAGGAAUAUUGCCAGGCAAAAAAGGCACAAAACAGAUUUAAAGUUCCGUUGGGUACAAAAUUCUACAGAGUGAAAGCAGUACCAUGGAACAAGAAAGUAUAACACAGCAAAACUUUAGUUCAUUCUGUCUCCGUUCUUUUUUUGACUUGUCCUUCAGUGCUCGUUCAUCGCUCCAAAUAGCAGGCCAUCUUUUUAUACUGAGGUCAUGUGACAAGAUACGUCAUUGAUGUACUGCUUUUACUUUUUAACAGGUCACAUUUUAGAAACAAGAAUUUCAUCAAAAACUCUGGCCCUAACCGUUCCAAUUUUUUUACCCAGAUAACUUUAGGAGUGUGGACCAAAUGAGUUCAUUUUCUCAAAGGGCAACCACAUGAAACAUGGUUUGUUAGCCAUGUUAAUUGCCUGCUAAAUAUACAUUAGCUUGUAUUUAGAUGUUAAAUGUUAGUUGCCAUUAUUACCAGCAUACGUCCUUUUGUGAGAUCAUUAUCAAAGUACUUGCACUCUUUAACAGAUUCUUUAUAUGUGUAAAAUUCAUCAACUAUUUAAAGAGGAGUGUUCAUUGCAUGCAGAUAAUCACAUAAUUUUUCUUCAACAUGAGUUUGCCUCAAUAGAUGAAUAAAAAUAACUACUGCAACUUGUUUCAUUACAUGAAAAUGCUCUUUAAUGUUAAAAACAAAACUUGUAAUUUGAUAGACUGAUUUUGAAAAUCAGUCACAGUUAGAUCUGCAAUCUUCAAAAGCACUUUCGAUGGAUUGAUCACACAGAUUCUGAAGGGAAGACACCUGUGCUGUUUGUUCAAAGUGAAGCACUUGUUCUUCCCAACAAACCAGAAAUCUUGUAUUAAUCUAUUUAGAAAAAUCAUAUUGAUGAAAUUGUAUUUCAUGGUUGAGUUUCAGGAAAAAACUCAUUGUACAUUAACCAUACAAGAGUCAUUUAAGUAACAGAUUAUUGUAAUUGUAAAAGACAUGUAGAAUUUUAAAACAAUAAAGAUUUGAAACUGUAUGUGUUUGAAGUAUUUCUGUGCCUUUAAAAUACUAUCUAUAAUAUUUAUUUCAUGUUAAUCUGUUGCAGCUUCUCUCUGAUUCCUCCAGCAGUUUCAUUACAUACAAAUACCUAAAUUUUCUACAAGAGGCACUAAUAUUCAGCAACAUUCAGGAAUUACAAGAAUUACCUUGUAACAAUAUAAAAAGAAUUUAAGUAGACAGAAAUUAAUUUUGUCAGCAAAUCAAACUGAUAAAUGAAAUUUUUCAAAAUAAUUACACUGGCUACACUUCAAAAAUGUUGUCUAAUUUAUUUUAUUUUUUUAAUAGUGUAAGAUGAUGUACUAUAAGUGUGUAGCCAAUGGAAAGUGAAAUUCUGGAUUCAGUUAUGAGCUUAUGUCUAAGACUUAAUCCAUAGAGUUAUUUAACUGUGAUUUAUCUUCAGAAGGUGUGGAGUGGAGGAAGAAAAGAGAUAAAGAAAUGGUCACAUGAAAAUGUCAAUACUUCUGCCUGUAUGUUGCAAAUAAUAUUCCUUCCGACUAACCAGUCUACUUGAACACUGAGAAACUUCGGUAUAUGCUCAUUUAAAAUUUUGUUACAUAACAAUUUUAAGUUCAGAUUUUUAUGAAAUGCAUGGGCUUGUAAUUGUAUCACACCUUUGACGAAAUAAAUCUAAGACAGCUGAUCUCUGGAAAACAGAA